CGCUGCUGGAGCGGGGAAUGAUGGCGGUGAUCAAGAAGAAGGGACAAGUUGUGAUACUGUAAAACUGGAACACCGUGGGCCAUCUUUCGGUGCCUAACACGAUGAAGCAAGUAGGAGAUGCCUUCCCCGUGAGUGUGUAGCUCUGACAACAACUCCAGAGAAGCUCCACCGGUCCCCAUGGCACCGCUUUCGUAAAGUUGAGGGAUAAUAGUUCACCAACAGAAAGCAUCCGUCUCUCCAGUCCAAACGCGGCUUUUCUAAUAGGGGGCUGCAGUCACAAAAAGCAAAAAUGCUCAAAGCGGAAAGCAAAGGAGGCGAGAGGACCCUGAGGAGCUCAUCCCCUCACAGAAAUGCAUACAAGUCUGACUUCCACGCCAUUAAGUGUUCUUUUGAUGGGUCAAAAUCCGAGGGUGAUGCCAGAUCAUAUGCAAACGGUUCCAGUGACACCAGGGAGGACUCGAGGGGGAGGCCUUUUGGCACCAGAGUGAACAAGAUAAAGAACAUAUUCCUACAGAUGGAUGGUCAACAACAGGAGUGCCAAGAAAGUAAAGUGACUUUAAAGCCCGAAGCGUCACCUGUGUCCCCAACGAAGCUGCCAACUCCAGUCAACGCUCACAGAGUUAACCUCAACAGUGCCACUAGCCCAGAAUCACAAAAUGUAGAGAAAUCACCUAAGGGGGAAGAUGUUGAAAUUGACAAAGUGUCUUUGGCAGAGAAGUUUUCUGUGACCAGAAAACUCUUUGAAAGAGGCCUCAAAGCGCAGCCUGCUGCUGACAAACAGUCUCCAAACAGAGUAGUAAAUCGUUUGUCCCUCGGAAGUUCCUCUGACGAGGGGAAAAGCACAAGGAGGGUAUCGGGGUCCUCUGAGACCACUAUCAAAUCAGAACAAAGUCCUUCUUCGACAGUUAAAUGUCAACCGGAUGAGAAGGCUGAUAGUGAGAAAAGGCAUGGGUCCAGAGUGUCAUCGAAUGCAGGACCUGUGUCCAAAAGGUUGGAGAGUUGUGGAGCAGAGAAUGACUCGAAAAACAACAACACAGCGUCUGCAAAGGGAGGAAUGGCGUCUGUUAAACAAUACAGUGCCACUGAACACACGUCUUUUUCUCCAACAAAAGAUGUCUUACACCAAUCUACUUCUCCUGUUAAAGAAGCCACCAACGUUACCCCUGUGACUGAUGCCACUAACAAGAAUACAUCCCAGACAGCGUGUGCCAACAGCAGACCAACGUCUAAUGUUAAACCAAUCCCAGUUACCAAUGCAGCACACAAAUCUAAUUCUCCAACAACUGAUGACAGUCACCAACCCAUCUCACCAGAAAAAGCAAGCACAGUCAGCCAUGGCUACACACACUCUUCAUCAUCCGGUGAUGGAUUUAGUAGGACAUCUGUUGGUGGGAAUGAAGGAAAGCUACAUAGUCCGCCCCCAAGGGAUGUGAAGCAGCCUCUUCCAUCAGCUGGAGGGUUUCAGAACACCAACAGGGCUAAAUACCCUGAAAAAGCCAGAAGUUCUACAACAGACAAGCCCUCCAACCAGACCGCAUCUCUGGACUCCAGGGGGGUGGGCGUGGUACGGGCAGAACUAGUAGUGGUUCAGAAUGAGUCCUCAGAGAGUGAAGAGGGUGAGAAUAUUGAAGAUAAUGUGUUUGAGGAACAGAAGGUGAAAAGCCCCAAAGAUGACCUAAUAACAAACCUGAAAAGAACCUCUUCAACAGAAAAACAGAGCUGUAACCCAGCUCAUCAUGUCUUAAAAAGAGAUGUCUCAAAAGAGACACUAAGGAUGGCAGAGGCCGUGGGUGAAAGUAAAGUCUUGGAGAACAAUGAGCGAUUUGGGUUGAAAGGGGAGAGACGGGAAGACAUUUCAGCUGUGAAUCAAGAGGGUGACGAUGAUCGUGAGGAAGAUGAUGAGGUUGCAGAGGAGGAGACUGAGCUGGAGGAGCAGGUGGGCCAGAUCAUCCUGGAUAGAGCCUCACCAGUAGUGUGCGGUAUUGAGAAUGCAGCAUUUGUAGACGACCGAGAUGUAAACCAGGUCCUCGGAGAAGAAGAGGAGGAGAAUGAUGAUGACGAAGAGGAGGAAGAUCACAUGUAUGGGGAUUACGACGACUGUUACGAGACCAUUGGUCUGUCGGAGGAGGAGGAGCCUCUCCCAAAAAGGACAAUCAUGUUCUCCACAAACCCCAUCCAGGUCUUCAGUACCUUCUCCAAUGAGGAUUAUGAUCGGCGCAAUGAUGACGUGGAUCCAGUCGCAGCCUCUGCAGAGUAUGAGCUAGAAAAGAGAGUGGAGAAGAUGGAUGUGUUCCCUGUGGAAAUUCAGAAAGAAGACAAUGGACUCGGCAUCAGUAUCAUUGGAAUGGGCGUGGGAGCUGACCAGGGUCUGGAGAAGCUAGGAAUUUUUGUGAAAACCAUAACUGAGGGAGGAGCAGCUGAGAACGAUGGACGCAUACAGGUGAAUGACCAGAUAGUGGAGGUGGACGGUGUCUGUCUUGUGGGCGUCACCCAACUGUUUGCUGCAACAGUCCUGAAGAACACCAAAGGCACAGUGAGGUUCAUGAUUGGACGGGAGAAGCCAGGGACCCAGAGUGAGGUCGCCCGCCUCAUCAGCGAAACAUUAGAGCAGGAGAAGAUCCAGGAGCAACACCUGGAGGACCACUACGAACACUCGACAGAGGAGGAGGAGCGCUAUGAGGAGGAGGAUGGGGUGGAUGAGAGAAUCCUGUGCUCCAAUUUCUCUCCAGGCCGGGACGCAGAUCUGUUUGAGCUGCCUGACACAGAGGCUUUGUUUAUGCCCACCAACAUGGACAGCUCUCAGAUGGUCUUAAAGUUCAGAGAGCUGCAGCUCAAACACAGCACUGCUGCAGCAGAAAUAAAUCAACUCAAUGAAAAGCUAAGGGCAUCGGAGGAGGAUAGCUCAUUGUGGGAAGCAAGGGAGGUUGCACUGGAGCUAAAGAUCGAGGACAGCAACGACAAAAUCCUGAAGUUGGAGAGUUACUGGCUGGAAGCCCAGGGCCUGUGUGAGACUGUGAAUGAGCAAUUAGCUGAGACUCAGGCCCAGCAGGAGACCCUGGACAAGAAGUACAACAAGGCCAAGAAACUGCUCAAGGACUACCAGCAGAAAGAGAUAGACUUUGUGAAGAAAGAGGAAGAGCUGAAAAGAAUUCUAGAUGAAAAAGACAAGUGGUAUAAGGAGCAGCUGGACAGCCUGCAGAACAGGAUAGCAGUCCUGGAGUCCGGAGGGGCCUCAGACACGCAGCGUCAGAGGGGUCAGGACUCAGCGGCAGACGAGAGAUUAAUCGACCAAGACCCUGUCUCCAACACACAAUCUGUUGACUCACUACUCGAGCCAGACUGGAGUGAGUUGGUGCCUGACACUGAGCGCUUGGACACCAGUGCACACAGAGCAAAAGGCCAGCUGGCUCAGAAGGCCAAACGUCAGCCUCCAUCUCGCAGCAAACUGAAGGAGAGCUUCACAGUGCCUCCAAGUCACUCGCAGGAAACCGAAGAAGAGGAGGAGCAGGAAUCUCCCAAGAGGAGGAGGUCCAUCCAGGACAGCCUGUCUCUUCCAGUGCCUGUCUGCUAUCCUGGGAAUGGACAAAAAGAUGACCCCGGAGAGACUCGGGAUGGGUCCAGGAGUACGGCUGCGCUUCCCAGCAGCCCGUCUUUGUCACCAUCACAGGGAGACAGCAUAGAGAGCAGUGGAAGUCUUUCUUUGUCCUCUCCAAAAGAACCCGUGUCACCACAUUCCCCAACUGGAUUCAUGCGCAAUGUCAAGAAGAGGGAGUCCAAGGGAAAGAGCAAAGAGGAACUAAACGAGCCCUCAUCAGCGGGGAAACCUAAAAGGAGAUUUGCAGACUUUGGAGGUCUCCGGAAGUCAGGUGGCAAAGGAAAAAAACAUGACAAGGAGGCUAUGAGAGCAUCUUUGGACAGCAGGGGAUCGGCAGAGUUACUGGAGGAGUCAGGAGGGAACCUGUCUCCUGCCGAUUCAAUGACCUCCAUCCCGACCUGUAUGCCCUUCUCCUGGUUUGGAGACAAAGAGAGGGACCGAGACCGAGAGCCCUCGUCUUCCAGCAGCAGUCUGCCGUACGUUGCCAAUGAGACCAGCAGUGAGCAAAGCCAGGACCGCAAGAAUAAGACGAAUCUCUCCUGGUCCUCUUUAUUCAGUCGCUCAUUAGAUUUGACUUUUUCAGUCAUAGAUGAUUCUAACCCUGCCAGCCCCAGUUCAGACAUCUCUGGGUUAGUUGCUGAACCCAAUCUGUCUGGGCGAUCACACACUUUAAUCUUCUCUUCCAGUGAGACUUUGGAUGAUGAACCAGUGGCCGCAGGGAAAGAGUACCAGUGGCAGAACCGGCCCGUCUCUGAAUGGACCAAUCAACAGGUCUGUCACUGGCUGAUGGGCAUGAACAUGGACCAAUACACGCCUGAGUUCACAGCGAAGGGAGUGGACGGCCAACAGCUCUUGUACUUGGACAGUGAAAAGUUGAAGGCACUCGGCGUGUCAAGUCAAAGCGACCGGUCGACUAUCAAGAAAAAGCUGAAGGACUUCCGUAAGACCCAGGAGAAGCUGGAGAAACAGAGAGAGAAGAGAGAGAAGGAGGUCCGGCGCAGUGGGAGACUGCCGGUCAGCACGGACUCUAUCUGCUGAGGUAUCGGCCCUGCUCUCUGACUCCAUGCAUCCCAUAAACCUCAUCACUAGCAGGCCCCUGAGCACCUUUUGUCUUUUUCUUUUUUUACACCUUUGGUGCCAUGAGAUUCAACAACCACAGAAAUGACUGCCAGGUGUGCUGACCGGUGUGCCCGUGGGGACUUACAUUCAGCUCCUGAUUUUCCUCUCAUCACCGAUCCUCUGGAAUGUUUUAACAAACUUCAGCUCAAACCAUUUUAAAUUAAAGAUGGGGAAUGUCAAAAAGAAACGUUGGGUAUGUGACCAAAAUGGAAUCCUGACAUUUUUUUUACCACUAAAAGCUUGAAGCUCUAAUUAUAAUGAAAAGAAAGUGUUUUCAGAAUGAAAUAAUCUAAUGUAGUUAUUGCAGAUCAUGCACACAUGUAUCUAUGGAAGUCAAAUGUGUACUCCAGCCUUUUAUAUUUGUGCUUGUAUAACUAUCAGCCUGUUUCCAUGUACAUGAACUCUCCUGCAGGAACGGCUGUUGUACAAUUCCGAUAAAAGCACUAUAUCCGUCUUCGAAGCUUCGAUGGGUGACAAGGUUUUAAAUGUAUAAAUGAGUUUUAUACAUGUGCUUAUUAACUGCAUAUCUUUUUCUUUUUUUACUUCAAUACCUUACUUCAUUUUAUACUGUAUACAUUUUUCUACUAAGUAGAAUAGCUAGGCCGGGUUUUUUUGCGGAAUGAAAAGCAGCAAACUAAUCAAGUCAGGCCGAGGGGAGAGCUGCUUCCGCUGACCCCGACUCCAUGGGAACACGCACGGUCUGCUCCACGCGCACCUCGCCGCCGGUCCAUCAGACGGUCAGAGUGCCUACGACAAGGACUUGUGUGACUCGGGGGGGCUCAGCACCGCGUAUGAAUGUGAGGCUGACCGGUGGAUCGUGCACAGACAAACACAAGAGCUUCCUUUCGUCUUCUCACGCUCGACGCCGUGUUCUGUACGCCGAGCGGCGCAUUGGACUGCAAGAAAAUCAUGGUUUUCACCUCCUGUGAAUUAGAGAAACACAUCUUGGUACAUACGGCAUCAAUAAACUAAUUUUCACUUGA